AGGUUUUUCUCAUUCCCUGGUUGACGUCCUCUUCCUCUUUGGCAUUAACUCUCUCUCGCUCUCUUUAUAUCUGUCUCCAGGGUGGGAGGACGAGAGACAGAGAGAGAGAGAGAGAUUUGGACGGACAGAAAGAGAGAAAGAUUAAUAUGCAUUGAUGAAGGAGGAUAGAGAGAGGAAGGAUCUACAAUUUAAGUGCAGACACGCACACGCUGAACUAGACAUCAACAAACACACGUUUCGCUCUCAUCUGAGCGCGGCGCUGUCUCAUGCUACAGGUGUGUAGCGGCGGACAGCAGUUAUGGGUCUCGUCAUGGGAGCGUUCUCCAUGCAGAGCAAACAGGUGAACUAUCACACAGAUAAGGUGGAUGAUGAUCUGGAGCUGUCUGUGGUGUGUCACCGUCCCGAGGGUUUGGAGAAGCUGGAGGCUCAGACAAACUUCAGCAAGAAAGAGCUGCAAGUGCUCUACAGAGGCUUUAAAAACGAGUGUCCCAGCGGUGUGGUCAACGAGGAGACGUUCAAACAGAUCUACUCGCAGUUCUUUCCUCACGGCGACGCCAGCACAUACGCGCAUUACCUGUUCAACGCCUUCGACUCUUCCCACAAUGAAUCCAUCAAAUUCGAGGACUUUGUAAUGGCUCUGUCCAUCUUGUUGAGAGGAACAACAACAGAGAAGUUACAGUGGACCUUCAACCUGUACGACAUUAACAGAGACGGUUACAUUAAUAAAGAGGAGAUGACUGAUAUAGUGAAAGCCAUAUAUGACAUGAUGGGCCGCUUCACGUAUCCCGCUCUGAGGACAGACACUCCCAAACAGCAUGUGGAUGCUUUCUUUCAGAAAAUGGACAAGAACAGAGAUGGAGUCGUCACUCUUGAUGAGUUUAUUCUCUCCUGUCAAGAGGAUGAAAACAUCAUGAGAUCAUUGCAGCUCUUUGAGAACGUGAUAUAGAGCUACAGGAAGAAAGAAACCAAUGAACUGUUGAAUCUGAUCAAAAAAAGGGGGAAUAACUUUUACCCCAAUCACCAUGGUUACAGUUUGCCAUCACCUUGUUACCAUGGCAGUAUGCCGACUGUAUGAUUUACAUCCCGGGAAACCUGCGUGUCCUUUAAACCCCGGUGUUUGACCUUGUUCUGUUACAGAUGUGAGAUUUAUAUGUCUAUAACCAAAAAAGGUCCUAGUUAAAAGAGCAUGUCAGUUAUUGUUGUCAAAGGUCCAACGGGUUUCCAAGAGGUCCUGUAGAAGCCAGUUGAACUCUUUCCAUGGGACUGAAUUUACUGUGAGGGAUUUGACAUGUGAUGCAUUUUAAGCUAUUUAUGGUG